AUGAUGUGGAGCAAGUUUACCAUUGGCCUCUUGGCCCUGAUGCUGGUGUGCUCUGUGAGGGCUGAGGAGGUGGAGAGCCCUGUGGAAGACACCUCUGCUGAGCUCAGUGUCUCUGAGCUGUUGGACAGAGCCAACCGUGACAUCGUUCGUGACUUUGAUGAGCCCCAGUUGAUCGGUGGUGACAUCGCCAUCGACUCAGACAGUGAGAGAAACGCUGAUCCCUGCACCUCCAGGGGCUGCCUGUGGCCCAAAUACAACGACGGAAAGGUCUACGUGCCCUACGUCAUUGCUAAUCACUACUCCUCUCGUGAGCUGUCCAUCAUUCAGCGUGGCCUGGACUCCUUUGCCUCCAGCAGUUGCAUUCGCUUCAAGCGUCGCACCAACGAGAGAGACUACAUUAGCAUUGAGUCUCGCAAUGGGUGCUACUCCUACGUGGGUCGACGUGGUUACGCUCAGACUGUGUCUCUGAGUCGUCAGGGUUGCCUGUACCACAGCACUGUUCAGCAUGAGCUGCUCCACGCCCUGGGAUUCAACCACGAGCAGACACGCAACGACAGAGACAACUACAUCCGCGUCUACUGGGAGAACAUCAUCGAUGACAUGAAGCACAACUUCAACAAGAUUAACACCCUUAACCAGGGCACUGCUUACGACUACAACUCUGUCAUGCAGUACGAAAGGUACGCUUUCUCCAAGAACAACCGUCCCACCAUGGUUCCCAUCCCCAACAGCAACGUGGUCCUGGGAAAGGCCACCCAGAUGAGCAACAAUGACAUCACUCGUCUCAACAGGCUGUACAAGUGCUGUAAGUACAUCGCACGGAACAGGAAAUUCUCCAGCCUCAGCAGUCUUCAUGAUUGCAACGUACAAGUGUUCGUCAGACUGGAUUACACAGGAGCCGUUAGAUAA